AUGAAAUUUUUUCUAAAAAUUUAUUUAAUAAGUUUUUUAAAAAUUAUUUUUGGAUGUCUUCCACCUGGUGGUUUAUAUAAUCCAUCAUAUUCAUACUCUUAUGGUUCUAUACCACAGACAUAUUAUGGUGCUAAUUCAUUAUAUUAUCCUCAUCAUCGUACAGCAUAUAGGAGUCAACAAGCUCAAGCUGAUACUGUUUUAUCAGAUGAUUCUGGAAGUUUAAAUUGUCCAUCAUUUUCAAAAAAUUGUAAAUGGUCAAAUACUAAUGAAGAUGAAUUGGAAUGGAAUAUUUUAGCUGCAUCUGAUGAAGGAUUACGUUAUUUAUCACAAUUAACAUCAUUUAAUAGUGCACCUGAUCCUGAUUCUGCUGCUGUUAUUACAACAACUGGAGCACGUAAUGUAUGGGAAGCUGGUUAUUUAUUAAGUGAUCCUAUACCAUGUAUGAAAAUUCCAAUAACAGUAACAAUUACUGCAUGGAGAUCACCAUCAACUAAUACAAAUGAAGAACCACAAUUACAAAUUUGUGCAAGAAAUGUUGGUACAACAUAUGCUCCAACUAAUUGUCAACCAGUAACAUUUAAAAAUGGUAUAACAACAACUGUUGAAAUUCAACCACCAGAAGAAGGAAAUAAUGGUGUUCAAUUAGUAAUAAUUGGAAAUAAUUUCAAUUCACCUCAUGGUAGUGCUUUAUUUAUUCAAGACAUUCAAGUUGAUAAUGCAAAUCAGGAGUGUGAUGGUGAAACUGAAAUACUUAGUAAUACUUUAGAUGAUGGCAAAAAUGUCUUUACAAAAGGAAGUCAAACAUUUAAUGUCAAGUCUUCAAAAUUUAAUAAAAAACCAAAUAAUCAAAAAAAAUCAUCCACUUCUAAUAAUAUAUUGGAUGAUAUUUGUACUACAUUAUCCUGUAAUCCGGCUCAAUCAUCUAAUUGUAAAUGGUAUGCACAAGGAAAAGAAUCAUGGGAAAAAGGACAAAGUAAUCGUCGUUCAAAUCCUUUAACAGGUGUUCAAUUAUCACCAAUUGAAGGAGAAAAAUUUUUAGUUGCUUCUUUCCGUUCCAGAAAACCAGUAUCUUAUGUAAUGUCUAGUGAAACUGUAACAAUUCCUAGAGAUUUAGGAAGAACACUUUAUUAUUGUUUCUAUGAAUUUAUAAAUACAUUUGGAAGUAAAAUAUCACUUUGUCAAGAUUCAGAAGGAAAUAAUUGUUUUUAUGAAAGUCAAAAUCCUAAAGCUUCUGAUUUACUUGAUAGAAAUAGACAAUGGAGCUACAAUUGUGUUCCUUUACCUAUUGGUCAAUAUGAAGUUUAUCUUAUUGGUUAUAAUAGUGGAGAAAAUUUAGGAGACAUUGGUUUCGCAGCUUCUAAAGUCACAACAGAUGCAGAAGGACUUAAUGAUAUCUGCUAA